UUACUUGAGGAAAAGCUACACUUAGAAGACGCAUCCAAGAAAAUCAAGAUUGAUAGAUCACACAGAUUGGGUAGACAGAAACAAGCAGCGGAAAAGCCUCGACCAAUUAUUGCGAAAUUUAAUUUCUGUCAAGAUCGGGAGAAUAUUCGUCUCAACGCAAAGAAAUUAAGGGGUUCAAACAUAGCAAUCGGAGAACAAUUUCCUGACGAAAUUGUUAAGAUACGUAGGGAAUUAUAUCCAGAGUUGAAAAAGCCAGGGAAGCGGGAAAGAAGGCAAAACUUGUAA